AUGGUUUUUCAGGAUGAUAAGCUUCACCUGCUGACAUCAUCAGAGUCAAAGGACAACAAUAAAAAUGUACCAAAUAUAAAUACAAUACUAAGUAAGAAUAAUAGUAAUAUAAUGUUACCGCCAUUAGUUAAAGAUCAACAGCAACAACAGCAACAAACAAAUCAAUCACAAAAUCAAAUUCUGCAACAACCGCCAACCCAAAAUCUUAUAGACCAACAACAUCAACAAACACAGUAUGAUUAUCCAAUAAAUUAUAAUUACCAAUCUCAAUUUGAUCCCUAUCAACAACAACAACAACAACAACAGCAGCAGCAACAACAACAGCAGCAAGCUCAAAAUCUAAUACCUCAAAAUUAUCUUCCACAGUAUAUACCUCAAAAUUCAUUUACAGUUCCAACAAGUAAUAGUUUACCAUACCAAACAACUAACUCAGCCACAACUACAUCAAUCCCAUUAUCAUUGUCUUCUGAAGAAUCAGAAACUUCACCAACUAUAGCAUCAUCAGGACAAUUAUCAAGUAAUAAUAAUAAACGAGGUAGAAGAUUUAGAAGACGUUAUAAUCAAAUACUACGAAGAUAUCCAUGUACUUUUCCUGGAUGUUCAAAAAGUUAUGGUUCAUUAAAUCAUUUAAAUACUCAUAUAGUUACUAAAAAGCAUGGACAUAGAAAAUCAAAAGCUGAUUUUCAAAAUUCAUCAAAUAAGCAAUCAAAAGAAAAUGACUAUGAUUCACAACAACAAUUACAACUGCAACAACAUAAUAUAUUAACUCAAUCAUCACCACAACAACAAAUUUCCCAACAACAAGUACCUACAAAUUAUGCUCCGGAAUAUAUGAGUGGAAAUUAUUGGUAUGGCUAUGCUCCUCCACAUUUACGAGAUCCAACAACUACUGGAAAUGCUUCAACUUCAGCUACUGCAUCGACUAAUUUCAUGGUAUCUCCAUCAAAUAAUCAACAAACUACUCAACAACAAGCUCAAAAUCCAAUGUAUUAUUAUCAAAGUUAUCAACAAACAAAUUUUCCGAAUCAGAGAAUUAAUACAAAUUUUUAUCCACCACCAUCGACUACCAAUCAACAAUAUCUAUAUCAACAACCAACACAAAAUCAUCAACCUACGAAUCAACAAGGUAAUGUUCCAGAUCAAACGAAAUCUCCUGAUGAUCAUAAAUAG